GAGCAGAGCAGAGCAUCGCACACACGCACGCUCAGAGUCAAAGAUAAGCUAGAUAAAUAGUCCAGAGUUCACACAUCAUGCGCGCUCCGGCGAACCUCCUGCACCGCGCGGCCCUCGCGAACAGUGGCCCGGGCGAGCCGUCGUCGUCGCCGGCGAGUAUGAAGGCCCCUGAGCAGCAGCAGACGGCGCCUCCGAUGGCGGUCAACUCGGACAUGGUGCUCAUCCUAGCGUCGUUGCUAUGUGCGCUCGUCUGCGUCCUCGGCCUCGCCCUCAUCUCCCGGUGCACGUGCCGACGCCGCCGCUCGGCCUCAUCAUUCGAUCACGCUCCUCCUCCACCGAAGGGCCUCAAGAAGAAAGUCAUCCACGCGCUCCCAACCGUCUCCUUCGUCGCCAACGGGCCUUCUCCGACGCCGGCGACAUGCUCGUCGUUAGAGUGUGCGAUCUGCCUGGCGGAGUACACGGAGGGGGAGGCCCUGCGCGUGCUCCCACGGUGCGGCCACCGCUUCCAUGUCGCAUGCGUCGACGCCUGGCUCCGGACCUGUGCCACAUGCCCCUCGUGCCGUGCUCCCAUCGUUGCAACGCCCGUGCAGCCGCUGGUGACGACCACGGUGGUGGUCGUGGUGGCGGCAAACAAUAGGUGCGAGAGGUGCGGCGAGCUGGCGGCGCCGACCGGUGGUGACGAUGACACGUUUUUACCUUAGUUUGUAAUUAAUCAGGUUUGUAGUAUUGUUCUUGUGCUCUCUCUCUCUCUCUCGCUCUCUCUCGCUCUCUCUCUCUCUCUCCUCUUUGCGAUAUUCACCUCUGCGAUAUUUCUGCGAUAUUCACCUCUUGCGAAAAUACUCCGUGUAUUUCUCUA